AUGGACAAGUCAGCCCAGUACAUAUUCAAGAUAAUUCUAAUUGGAGACAGUGGUGUGGGGAAAACUAGCUUAAUGACUAGAUUUACAGACAAGAGCUAUAAGCCAUCGAGCUCAGCAACCAUUGGAGUAGAUUUUAAAAUUAAGACAAUUGACUUGAAUGGUACCAAAGUUAAGCUUCAGAUCUGGGACACGGCAGGCCAAGAAAGAUUCAGAGCCGUGGUUUCUAACUAUUAUAGAGGUGCACAUGGUAUAUUUGUUGUGUUUGACAUGUUAAAUAAGACCUCUUUUGAUCAUCUGUCCGAGUGGUUGGCAGAGCUAGAGAAGAAAAAUGCUACAAAUACUGCUGAAAUAAUGGUUUUGGGCAACAAAGUCGAUGAUCAAGAAAACGUAUGCAUCAAUGAAGAAGAAAUAACAUCGUUCUUGGACAAGAAUAAUAUUCCAAAGUCACACUUUGUUCAGGUCAGUGCAAGGGAAAAUAUUAGAGUUGAAGAAAGUUUCCUGGAGCUUACGAGAAAGUUAAGUUGA